AUGUCGGUUCCUGAAAUCCUACGGUCAGACUUUGCGGGCAUCGCUUGUACCUCCCGUGGAAGACAACAGGAGGCGGACUACGCAACUGGCCACAUCGUGGAGAGCAUCCGGCAGCUGGGGCUGCGGGGCGGCCCAGGGACGGAACCGGGGCCGGGGACCCCGCUCUGUGCCCAGCACGACGAGCGGCUCAAGCUCUUCUGCGAGGAGGACGAGGAGGCCAUCUGCGUGGUGUGCCGGGAGUCCCUGCACCACCGCUCGCACACCGUCUACCCCAUUGAGGAGGCCGCGCAGGUGUACAAGGUCAAACUCCAGAAAUCCCUGGAGCAUCUUUCCAAGGAAGUGGAGGACGUGAAGAAGCGGGAGUCAGUGGAAAGGAUGAAAACCCAGGAGUGCAAGGAGGUGGUGAAGAAAAAGCGGGAGAGGAUUGUGAGCGAGUUUGGGAAGCUCCAUCGGCUGCUGGCUGACGAGGAGAAGUUGCUGCUCCAGAAGCUGGAGGAGGAGGAGAAGCGGAUUCUGCUGAUGAUCCAUGAAAACCUGGCCAGGCUGGUGGAGCAGAAGUCCUUGCUGGAGGAGCUGAUCCUGGAGAUAAAGGAGAAGACCCAGCAGCCGGCUGAUGGGCUGCUCAAGGACAUGAAAAGCAUCCUGAGCAGGUGCGAGGGGGUGAGGUUCCAGUCCCCCAAGGCCGUGUCCGUGACCCUGAAGGAAAACUACAGCAUCCCUGAGCACUGCCUGGGCAUGAGGGACAUGCUGAAGAAGUUCAAAGUGGACGUGACCCUGGACCCCGAGACAGCGCACCCUGAGCUCACCCUGUCUGAGGACCGCAAGAGUGUGCGGCGUGGGGGCAAGAAGCUGCUUCUGUCCCUCUUCGACAACCCCAAGAGGUUCAGCACCGCUCCGGUGGUGCUGGGGAGUCAGAUCUUCUUCUCGGGCCGUUGCUACUGGGAGGUGCAGGUGGGAGACAAGCCCGAGUGGGGCUUGGGGCUGUGCAGGGAGUCUGCCAGCAGGAAAGGCAACAUCCUCUUCUCCCCAAACAACGGCUACUGGGUCCUGUGGCUGCAAAACGGGGGCAACUAUGAGGCCCUCACCUCGCCCGUCUCCCCUCUGACCCUGAGCGUGAGACCCCGGCGCAUCGGGAUCUUCCUGGACUACGAGGCAGGAGAAAUCUCCUUUUACAACGUGAGCGACCGCUGCCACAUUUACACCUUCACAGACAAGUUUUCAGGGAACCUCCGGCCUCUCUUCUUCCUGGGUGCCUUUUUGGGGGGCAGAAAUGCAGAGCCCUUGGUGAUCUCCUGGCUCAGGGACACACAGGGGACCGGGUGCAUUGUCCUGUGA